CUACAUCCUCCGUCUGGACUGUUGUAUAUCGAAAUGGAUCACUCCUCAUACCAGCCCUAAAUGCAGGCCAAGCACCUUCCCGCGCCGCCUCUGCACGCCGGCUCGCGUCGUGUUUUCGACCAUGGCCUCAACCUCGCCGCCUACAGCACCGGAUACGGCCCCGACUUCUACUGCUGUGCCUCAGUCUCAGGGCCCUGGAAGGCAGCAGGAGUACUCAUGUGUAUUGUGUAAACAACGCAAGGUCCGCUGCGACCGGCUGAACCCUUGCAGUAGUUGUGUUCGCGCCGGAGUCUCAUGCCUGCCUGGCGUGAGGCAGCCUUACAAACGCCGGCGGAAGCAUGCCCAAGGCGGCGACCAGAAGAGGGCCCAAAUAUCAGAACGACCUGGUGGGCUCUACUCAACACCUGCAAGGUCCCUCGAUAGCACAUGCAGCCCUGAGGGCUCACGUUCCCAGCGCCAAGUGCCAACAUUUGGCCAAAGCCUAUGGACUGGGCUGAACGAUGAGUUCCAAGACCCGAGGACCACCAAAUCUUCAAGCGAGGACGAGGCUCUUAGUUCUGCAGAAUUUGGCUCCAGCAUGAGCCCAAGUGCCCUGCUGUUUUCCGCCUUUCGAAAUGCUGUUGAUCUAAGGGACUAUCACCCCCCACCGAUGCAAGCCUUCAUGCUAUGGCAAGCCUUCUUACAGAAUGUGAAUCCCAUGUCCAAAGUUAUACAUGCGCCAUCCGUCCAACCCAUCAUCAUUGAGGCUAGCAAGGACCUAGAUACCGUUCCGAAGCCUUCGGUCGCCUUGUUGUUCGCCAUCUAUGCAGCUGCAAUAAUGUCUCUGAAGGAGGAAGACUGUCAGGCACAGUUUGGUGCGCCAAAACCUCUUCUACUCACCCGUUAUUUCUCAGCAUGCCAGCAGGCUCUUGCAGCAGCUUCGUUCAUGAAGUCACGGAAUCUGGUCACGCUUCAGGCCUUCGUCAUAUUUCUGCUCCCUGCCCGCCAAAUUUACGACGAGCAAACUUUCUGGCUCCUUGCUGGCGUCGCUGUAAGAUUAGGUUUGAGACUGGCCGCACACACUCCCACAGAGUCUCCCGGUGACUCGGUUUACGUGUCACAAUUACGAAGGCGUCUUUGGAGGCAGAUUAUGUGGAUUGAUGGCCGCAGUCAUCACCACAUUGGAUUACGCCCUCCCUUUCACGGCGUUCAGGCUUUCCCCCUACCCGAGAACCUCAACGAUGUCGACCUAAACCCGCAUAUGGAGGAGAUGCCACUAAUACACAAAGGCCCAACAGAAAUGACAUUCUGCCUCUGCCGUUACGAAGUUGGCGAAUUCAUGAUUCAGCAUGGGAGCACUUUUCAAGACCCUGCUAUUCCCAUCCAGGAAAAAGACCAACUUAUCGAUCACUUCGAAGCCCACAUGGAUGAGAACUAUCUAAAACAUCUAGACCCAGCUAUUCCUCUGCAUCUCAUGGCUGAGGGCGGAGUGCGGUCGGCCACCUGCAAGAUGAGGUUGAUGGCUCACCACCCUUCUCAGUAUCCUGAUAAGGGAAAAUCAAUACCUCAAUCCGAAAGAGACAUACUCUUCAAAGUCAGCGUCAAGAUGGUCGAGUAUGACGUGCUUGGAAAAUCGACAAAAACCCUCGACAACUUCGCGUGGCAUAUCGAUAAUUCAUUCCAGAUUGAUGCUUUCGUCUUUAUGCUCAUCUCUUCCCGAAACCAAGAUGCCACUGCAGAACUGACCAACAAGUCAUGGCAGCUGGUUUCUGAAAUGUAUAAGCACAGACCUUCGCUCAUGGAUGAUACCAAUAAUGAGUUGUACGCAGCGGUCAGGGAACUCACACUGCAUUCAUGGGAGGCGCGGGAGGCAAAGAUUGCACACAACAACCUGGAGCCAAUCCCAGUACCGGAAAUCAUCGCAGAGCUUCGGGACAGGAAGGCCAGGAAGAGCAUACCAACUGGAAUCUCGUCGGCCAUUUCGACCACCGCGACGUCAAUGCCAUCCGAGGCGUCUGCUCUUCACCAGCUGGCCGGUGUAGCCACACAAGUUGACUCGAGAAAUAUAUACAACAAUGUAGGCUAUUUGUAUGGGAUGGCACCUGGAUUGGCCACGAAUACGUUUCAACCAGUUCUGGACCAGCAGUUCGAUAGCAUCUUCCGUAACCUCAGUGGGGAUAUGGGUGCGGCUGGACCGGUUGACUGGGACUAUUGGGAUGGGCUUCUAGAGCGGAAUAACGUGUUCAGAUAACGGGGUGGGUGCUGACUAGGAAUCCAAAACAGCAAGCCAGCAGGAAAGGAUUUGUUUGACAAACACAUGAUUAAUUUCAUUGUUUAGAGUUUG